UUCAGCCAGACUUCUCUCUUCAGCAUCCUGCAGACAUCUGAUCUCUGAGGACUUUCAAAUUCUGCUUUUCACUGAUUUUGUUUCUUGUGGAGUGCAAGAGAAAUUUAAAUAAGAAGAAGAAGAAGAAGAAGAAGAGGGGGCUGUGAAGAAGGACAAGGCCAUGGCCUCCUGGUUCAGCUGGAAUGAGCCGUACUACCGGAGCCCCCGGCGGGACCCGGCCGACGUGGUCACUGACACCCUGAUGCUUGAGCUCAGCUGGCAGCUGAAGGAGGCAGACAGGCAGCACAGGGAGAGGGAGAACGAGUACAGGCGGCUCAAGACCGGCGUGGACUACAGCUGGCUGGCCAACACGCCUCGCCCCUCUUACAGCAUCAGCACUGGGGAGAAGCUGGGCCUGGAGGACCUCUGCUCCAAGGUGCCGCCGCCCUGCUGCGGCAUGAUCAUACUCAAGUUCAGGGAGGCUAUGCAGGCCAAUGAGCCCGAGGCGCAGGAGGUGUCCAGCCUGUUUCGCUCCGUCCUCCUGGAGUCUCUGGAUCAGCUGAAGGAGGAGCAGGAAGCCCAGCGGCUCGCCCGCCAGUGGAACAACAAACGUGCCAUGAGCAUGUCACUCAUGAACUUCAGGUCCCGCAUCAAGAUCAACCCGUUUGGAAGCACGGUGGGCCUGACCUCCACUGUGGCCGAGGGGGCUGGGUUGAGUGACCUCAAAACCGUGUCAGAGGAUGUGGAGAGAGGGAUGGAGGGGGAGGAGAGGUUGCAGAGGGUGUGGAGCAUGCCUGACUUCAGAUACAAAGGAACCAACAGCAGUAAGGUUGUGUGAUGCGGGGCGUUCAUGGGACAGUGAUGUUGGGACGAUUCAUUGGCACAGGUGCUGAACUCCUGGACCCUCUGCUGCAGUAUGUCCACUUUGCACCAAGCGAGGAAGAAUGAAUCCCAUAAUCCUCCUCCUCUUUUCAGUAUGAGACCAAUCAGCAUUUGAGCUAUAUCUUGCUUUAUCUUCACACCUGCGAGGGCAACAUCAGAUGUUUUUUUUUCUCAGAUCUCCUGUAUCUUUUUUUGGUGCACUUUUUUGGGACUUGAAACAGUUUCAACCUUUUGAGAUUAUUGCCUCUUGAUGCAUCUUGUAUUUUGUAGACAUUGGCAUCUAAGCACUGAGGGCUAUUUACUGUAGCCUGUUAGGCAUAAUUUAUGUAAAUUAAAGGCUUUCUUGAAAUUUUGCAGGAACAGAUGAAAUAUUUUGGUGUUGUUCCAUCUUACAACACAAAAUGGUUGCGGAGGUAAAUUAUCUUUGAUGGAGGAAUUUUUGCAUGACGUUUACAGAUAAAUGUUACUCAUUUAGUCUUUAGACAAAUGAUAAGUAAUAGCCAAUGCUCACAUAAUGUCACUCAGAGGGUGACUCACGCUCUCCCUCUCCCGACUGCUCUUUGUUUUCUCUCGACAGCACACAAGGACUCAACACAAUAACUCAUCCAAGGUUAGCAAGCCAAGAGCUUUCCUUGUGCAACAAGCCAGCAAAAAAUGACAGAGAUGUUACCAGAUUUCAAAGUAAAAUCUUUCCAGCAGUUUAUUGCUGUUUCUUUUCUGUUUGUCACACAGCAAAAUUCAACAGUACACAACAGGUUUACUCCAUCAUCCAUAUAACGCUUUCAACUGGAUUGAUA